GGAAUGGUUGGAGAAAAUUGUUCCUCCUUGAAUGGAUUCAUUUUCUUGGGAAUUUCCAAUAUCCCUGGGAUGAAAGUGGUCCUGUUCACCACGUUUCUGGUUGUUUAUCUCAUUAAACUUUUGGGAAAUCUGGGAAUGAUCAUUUUAAUUAGAAUGUAUUCCCAAUUGCACACACCAAUGUACUUUUUCCUCAGCCACCUCUCUGUCUGUGACCUUUGUUAUUCGUCAGCAAUUGGGCCCAAGAUGUUGGUGGAUUUAUUUGCCAAAAACAAAUCCAUCUCCUUCUAUGGCUGUGCUCUGCAAUUCUUCGUCUCUUGUACCUUUGCAGAUUCUGAGUGCGUAUUGUUGGCCUUGAUGGCCUUUGAUCCGUACAAGGCCAUUAGCAACCCCUUGCUCUACACAGUCAACAUGUCCAGCAGAGUGUGCUCCCUGCUCGUGGCUGGGGUUUAUCUGGUGGGAAUGACAGAUGCUUUGAUACACACAACAUUAACAUUCCACUUAUGUUUCUGUGGGUCGAAUGAGAUUAAUCAUUUCUUCUGUGAUUUACCACCACUUUUCCUCCUUUCCUGCUCUGAUACACAAGUCAAUCAGUUAGUAUUAUUCACCAUUUUUGGCUUCAUUGAACUGAGCACGAUUUCUGGGGUUCUUAUCUCUUAUUGUUAUAUUAUCCUAUCAGUCUUGAAGAUCCACUCUGCUGAGGGGAGGUUCAAAGCUUUCUCCACCUGCACCACCCACUUAACUGCUGUGGCAAUUUUCCAGGGAACUAUGCUCUUCAUGUAUUUCAGGCCGAGUUCUUCCUACUCCCUAGAUCAAGACAAAAUGACCUCAUUGUUUUACACCCUGGUGAUUCCCAUGUUAAACCCUCUGAUUUAUAGCCUACGAAACAAGGAUGUGAAAGAGGCCCUAGAAAAAUUAAAAAAUAAAAGAUGGUUUUAA